CAUUUCUUUCCUACACUUCACAGUUCACGGCACACGUAUCACAUAACAAAAUUAGACAAAAAAAAUCAGACAAAAUCCAGUACUGUUGAUUGAAUGUUUUUUCCCCCGUUUUAUGACUGUUUUAGUUUCUCCAUAUGCCUUGUCCACGCCCCGGUCACGUGCUGUUGAGCUGUCAGCCAAUCCAGAGCGAGGAUAGGAAACGGUUAACAGUGAACAACAACACACGGCGUCGCCUGUUCAUGCAGGUGGUGGUGUGUGUGGUGGACUCCCGCACGUAGCUCUCAAACUCCUGGGACACCUCAUCUGUGAGGGCUGGUGUCUGGCUCUGGCUACCAUGAAAGGUGAAUGUUUCAUCCUGCACCUCUUGUAAAAAGAGGGACGUGGUCUGAGCUUUCCGGUCAGGACUAGACCCGGUGCUCGUCAUCUAUCUUAAGACAGUCUUUCAUUCACAAUGGCACCGUCUCUCAUCCGAGCCUGCCGCAGUCUGGCUCUCUCGACGUGGCUGCUGUCGUUCUGUUUCGUCCAUUUGCUGUGCCUGGACUUCACUGUUGCAGAGAAGGAGGAAUGGUACACGGCUUUUGUCAACAUCACCUAUCUGGACCCCGUCACUUCCGAGGUCAAGACGGAGAAAACCGAGUGCGGUCGGUAUGGCGAACACUCGCCCAAGAAAGAAGCCAGAGGUCUGCUCCUGCUGCCGUCUCUGAUGCAGGACAGACAGGCGUGCGACCCAAACGUCAGGUUCCCGCCUGUGUCUCACAACACCGCCUGGGUGGCGUUGGUGGCUGCCGGGAAUUGUACAUACCGAGAGAAAAUCCGUAACGUUGCAAACCACAACGCCUCUGCAGUUGUAAUAUACAACGUGGGCUCCAGCAGUGCCAACGACACAAUAACAAUGCCCCAUCCAGGUACAGGUGAUGUUGUGGCCAUCAUGAUCCCAGAGCCCAAAGGUCGUGAGAUUGUGGCCUUGCUGGAGAAGCACAUCGUGAUCACGUUGCACAUUACCAUAGGAACCCGCAACCUGCAGAAGUAUGUGAGCAGGACGUCGGUAGUGUUUGUCUCCAUCUCCUUCAUCGUUCUCAUGAUCAUCUCGCUCGCCUGGCUCGUCUUCUACUACAUCCAGAGGUUUCGCUAUGCCAAUGCACGGGACCGCAAUCAGAGACGUUUGGGAGAUGCUGCCAAAAAGGCCAUCAGUAAGCUACAAGUACGCACCAUUAAGAAAGGAGACAAGGAGACUGAGUCAGACUUUGACAGCUGUGCUGUUUGCAUUGAAGGUUAUAAACCUAAUGAUGUUGUCAGGAUAUUACCCUGCAGGCAUGUAUUCCAUAAGCACUGUGUUGACCCGUGGCUACAAGACCACCGGACCUGCCCCAUGUGUAAAAUGAACAUCCUCAAAGCCUUGGGAAUCCCACUCAGUGCAGACUGUUCAGACGAUAUGCCUCCAGACUAUGAGACGUCUGUCGGGGGUCCACCCACCAACCCCAUCAGUGGGGCGAGUGAAGUCACAGUUAACGAGAGCUCGGUCGUUCUGGAUCCGGCUGGAAGAGCGAUAGGCCUUCAGCAGCUCCCUCCUAAUGCAGAGACAGAACCUCAGGCAGGAGAGGAGAGCCAUAUCAUCGCCAGCAGCGAGCACCAGCCUCCGCUCAGCAGUGAUUCAGACACUUCCAUAAUCACGGGCGUGGAGGUAGGCAUUUCGGACGUCGACCUGUCCACAGAGCAGGAGUGUGAUGUGGCCAAAUCCUGAAUCGUUCCAAGUCGAGAAGAAAAAGGUAUGAAUCACCAGGGGGAGGAGGACGAGCGCAGGACUGAGUGACCAGGGGCUUCCUUUACUUCUGCCCCUUGAGGACGUGACAUCUCAGAAGAUGGGCAAAAGAGCAAUACAACUUAGCAGAACAAAGACAACCAGUUCUGUCUUUACUGCAUCUGUGGACAUGUUGCUUGCUUGUUUUCUAGCUGUCGCACUUCACCAUUUUGUUGGUUUGACUACCAUGGUGACCAGACACACAAUCACAGUUUUCACAUUGUGGUGGUCCAGUUUUUAUCCACAUCAUUAAGCCUAGCAUCUGAAAUACACAUGCAAUGCUGUGGCCCUUUACGAUACUGAGAAGGCUGAAUUAGUUUCUCCUCACUCUGACAAACUAAAGCUGCUGCUGGGUACAAUAUAAGCACAGGAACAGCAGGGCCUCCUUAGUGCCAGUUUACAGCUCUGAUUAUUAUUUUUUAAAAAAAGAAAAAUAUGUUCAGAUUGUUUGAAUUCUUGGUAAGAGAUCACUGCCAACAUAUUCCAAAAGUAGGUUUUAUUGAUGUGAUGGAUACAUAGCUUGUCUAGAGCCUUUAUCAGCAGUUGGUGUGAAUUCCCACCAGCAGUUUUUCAACUUCUGUUAUUAUCCCUUGAACACUUGAAGCACAAGUAUUUCAAGUUCAUGUGGUCCUGCGACAUUUGAGGAGUCGGAAUAUGUAUGCACGUGCUAUAAUUUAGCUUCUUUUUUGUGAAAUCUUAAUUUCUAACUGCUGUUUUACCAGCUGAAUUGUCCUGUUACUGAGAGGAUGGAAACAAACACAAUGUAGACACUUCUGUCCUCAUAUUUGACAAUCAUAGCUUGCCACAAGCAGUUUGAAGUAAUGUCAGCCAUUGCCCUACUGAAACAGCUGCAGGAAAUUAUCACAACACACAAUGCUGGUGAGGACUCCCUCCCUUUUGCCUGGAAGGAGAUGUUUAUAUGUGAGUUCACACUCAGCAGCGGUCGCCACCAAAUCCUCGCAGUGUGAACAUAGCCAACCAAUAUAAAUAUGUCAGCACGUCUUUGUGCCAAGAUUGACGUUUUUUGGGGUUUUUUUUUUGGUUUGGUUUGUUUUUUUUCAUGAGCAUUGAUUCUGUUGGCUGUCAAGCAGACUUUAACAGAAAUGAUUCUCUUCAUGAUAUUAAACUUUAUUAAGAAGUAACUGACAUAGAAUUGGAUGGCUUAAGUUAGUUGAGAGGUAAACUUUAUUUGUGGAAAAGGAGGAAGAUGCAUUUGAAUUGAUCGUUUGAGGAUUUCAAAGCUCCGGACAUGAGAUUUUCUCCUAUGGUUCAAAAAGCUUUAGAAUGAAAAUGUUUACAGUUGUGGGAUAGUUGAGAUAUUUUGUUUGAGCUACAUCCACAUUAAGUCGGCUAUUUUUCGAUAAGAACUUGCAUGCAGCCAGAAAAACAUUUAAGUAAUAGGAGAACAUCUCUUAUUCUUAGUGUUGUGGUCAGCAAACAAGAAACCUGCAACGCAGAAAUGGAUUAGACUGAUGGUUACUGUACUGAGUUGAGAAGCACCUGUUGGUGCCCUCUGGUGGCUGAAAGUUAGCCUUGCUUAAAGGUAUAAUAUGUAACAAUUCCACAUUAAAAUGUCUAAAAAUGACUAAGUCAAUGUUUUUACAACCUUAAAUUUUGUUGAGUUCUGUAUUGCAGUGUUUUCCAACCCAGUUCAAAGAUACUUGAUGGCACAAGAUAACAAUGUGUGUUAAUUCACCUGUCACUAUAACUUCCUGGAGAGAGUAGUCAGUGAACACAACUAAAGGUACCAUGAAUAAGAGAAUUAAGCUUACAAUACAUGUUUUUAAUAGCUUUCAGCUAUAAAUGGAAUAUAGAAAUUCUAAACAUGGAGUUGAGUUGUAUUAAAAUAAAAAUCCUGUUAUUUUAAUUUGCCUUUUAUUCGGAGUUUGACUUUAAGCUUUCACCAGCUUAAACCACCAGCACAGAACAGCAAAGUUAAGAAUAUACAGCAGUGAGUAACAGCAGUUAGACCUUAUGGGAUUAGAAAAACACCAGCUUCAUGUGGAUGGAGGAAUAAGUCAAAGAAUUGAAGAGGUAUUUUUUUAAAUUAGGCCGAGUUAGUUUGGACAUACUCUUAAACUCCCUUAUUCAUUAUCCUUAUCUAAUUAAUUCUCCUACUUUAUCAUUUGUUGUUCUGUUUCAGUCCUUCCAGUCACCCUCCAAGUUACUUUUUCAGUGUUGUCAUGCUGAAGAAGAUCAGAAACACCCAACACUCCACUUGCACACUGAUGAAGCACAGACACACUGACUGAGUCAAUGGAACCAGAGGAAUUUAACUGGAUUGUUUUCUCUCCAUAUCCAGUCACUGUUUCCAUUGUGUCCUACAGCCAGCUGGGAUUGUUAUAUAAAAGGCACAUGUGCACACACCCAUGCUCGGCUCAAUCACUGAAGGAUCGUUGAAUGUAGGGAUAAAUGUUUCAGUAUUUAAUAGAAAUGUUGGUUUUGGGAGCAGAACGUUUUAAUUCUUUAUAUCUCGGAAUGUUUUGCGAGACUGUUUGUUCUUGGCUAUAGCAGCCUGAUAUCCAUUUCUAGAUAGUACUUAUUGCUAAAGUAAGAAGUUAAGUAAGAAUAUUUUGGUUCUGACAGAAAUGUUCAAUAGUGAAAUACUGGCUGCACUUAGGAAAAAGCUUGAUCACAUUACUUCUCUUUAUAUUCAACUCUUAGCACAUACUGAACAGUCCAACAUGUAACCUGUGACAUCAAUUCAGUUUAUUUUUCAAUUCAGUUUAUUUAUGUAGCGCCAAUUCACAACAAAAGUUAUCUCAUGACACUUUCCAAUUUGAGCAGAUCUAGACCAGACUCUUUAAUUAAAUUGUAAAUAGAGAGAGCCCAACAUUCCCCCUUGAGCAAGCACUUGGCGACAGUGGCGAGGAAAAAACUGCCACAUCAGUGUGACUGAAUGUGUGGAGGCAUUUUACAUUAAUGAACAUACGUCUUCAGCCGUUUUAACUCUAGCUUUACAUCUUUGGUGUUGUAGGUAUGAAGGUGGGGGGUGACUCUGAUUCCUGUUAGCACAUCAUAGAUACAGAUGGUUAAGUAUCUGCCAGUCUGAUGUGGACCUCCUAGGCCUCUGUAUGUUACAUCAGCUCGCAUGAAUAAUGAGACGGCACAAGAUAACCCAGAAGCAUCAGUCUCUGUCGCUCUCUUCUCUCUCACGUGUUACCGCUGACCCACAAUUUGCACUUAUGAACUUCUCACAUUUGCACGCAAACAUGACAAAUACUCUGACCAUUCGUCUGGUUGGCAUAGAUGAACAUACGAUACGAUUGCAACAUAAUGACAUUCAGUGUACUUAUGAAGUUACACAAGAUUGUUGACCCCAGUUGUACCUGCAACACUGCAUCAUCUACUUUAAGUGUCUGUAAUUUCCUAAUGAUUUCCAACAAGUUUCCUGGAAAGAUUAAUGUAAUUUGGUGCUGAUCUAGGGUGAAUUAGAAAUGUGCUUUAAAAGAAAAGCUUGGUUUAAACAAAAGAAUCCUAAACUUUAUUCUCCAUGUUUUGUUCAUUUGUUCAGUUUACCUGAGAAGGGACUGUAGUCAUUGAUCAACACAAAAAAAAUGAUGUUAAAAAGGCACCCAAAUAAAACAACAUAUCUCAUCAAAUUCAGACACAACAUACUAAAUAAGCACAAAAUGGUAAAUAAUAUCACAGCACAACACAUGAUAGUUAGCUGCAUCCAUACUGAAUAGCUAAGAAAAAGAAAAAAAAACACCUGUAGUUAAAGUUAAAAUGCUGGUCACCUGCUGUGCACUAAAACACUCUCUAGGAUAAAUGGAACUGAUUAAUUGUAAUGAAUGUGAACUCUUCUCUCUAUUUAGUACCAAAUUAUGUUGUUCUAUCAAUUAUAUUGUUAAAUAUAGACUUUUGUUUUAUUCUGAAGUGACGGACCUGUAAAAUGAAGUGUGACCCUGAGCUAGUUAAUCAAGUCUAGUUUUGUCCUCCUGUCACAUGUGUUUUCUUCUGUUUGUGUUAACUCUCCUAUAUUGCACUUUAUCCCUCCAGUGAAUGUGGAGCGGCUGUACUGAAUGACUUGACAAAGUCUUUUACGUACAGCUUUUGAGAAAGAGGGCUACAGUAUUUAACGUGGCACAUGACUCAGUUGUUGGUUAUUGUGUAAUGUUGUGAUCUUUUAUCUGUGCUACUGUGUAUGUGUGGGGUGGUGGGGGUUAUCAGUAUAUUGUACACUAUACCCAGCAGAAAUAACAGCAUUGGUAUUUUGUAAUAUUAAAAGAAUUCUUAAGUACGA